CGAAUUUUCAACAAUGCUGAGAUGUUUCCUCUCCACUCUACGGAGCCUGUCUACUGCGGGCCCGUAUGCUGGUGAUUAUUUUCUACUGCCGCUGCUAAUAAUACUGCGCAUCUGCAUUUGCAUCAGUGCGCCUGCAUUCUUUGUAUAAUAGGUAGUUGAAAUCUCAAAGCGGUGAUCUACCACCAGACCUUCAGCAAUGGCUGACAUUCCGCGCGGCGUGCUCUUGGGGAUGGGCAACCCUCUUCUUGACAUCUCAGCGGUGGUCGAUGAGGCGUUCUUGGAGAAGUAUGAUGUGAAGCUCAACAAUGCAAUCCUCGCAGAGGAGAAGCACCUGCCCCUGUACAAGGAGUUGGCGGAAAGGCCUGAUGUGGAGUACAUUGCGGGUGGGGCCACUCAGAACACAAUUCGUGUUGCGCAAUGGAUGUUGCAAAAGCCACAGGCGGUUGCGUACAUCGGCUCUGUCGGAAAGGACGAGUUCGCGACAAAGAUGAAGGAGAACGCAUCCGCGACUGGGGUCGAGGUGAACUAUUUCGAAGAUCCGUCGGGCACUCCCACCGGAACGUGCGGAGUCCUCAUCGUAGGGGGGGAGAGGUCGCUGGUAGCCAAUCUAUCGGCUGCUAACAACUACAAGGUGGACCAUCUGAAGCAGCCCGAGAACUUGGCCUAUGCCGAGCGCGCACAGUACUUCUACAUCUCCGGCUUCUUCCUGACCGUCUCCCCAGACUCCGUCCAAGUGAUUGCGAAGCACGCCGCCGAGAACAACAAGGUGUUUGGGAUGAACCUUGCCGCCCCCUUCAUCAUCGACUUCUUCGGCGAGCCCCUGAUGGCCGCCUUCCCGUACCUUGACUACGUGUUUGGAAACGAGACGGAGAGCCGCACGUUUGCGAAGAAGCAAGGCUGGGAGACGGAGGACACCAAGGAGAUUGCGCUCAAGAUCUCGGCCCUGCCCAAGGCGAGCGGCGCGCGCGCACGGACGGUCGUGAUCACCCAGGGGGCCGAUCCGACGGUCGUGGCGCAGAACGGGGUGGUCACGGAGCACCCGGUCAUUCUGCUGCCGAAGGAGAAGCUGAUUGACACCAACGGAGCAGGCGACGCGUUUGUGGGCGGGUUCCUUUCUCAGCUGGUGCAGAAGAAGGACAUCGCGGAGUGCAUAAGGGCCGGCAACUAUGCCGCCAACGUCAUCAUCCAACGGUCAGGGUGCACCUUCCCCGCCAAGCCGGACUUCAAGUAGCGACCCGCCGGUUCAUGUCGCCCAGGGUUAUGUUUGCUAAAGCCACCUUGAAAUUCAUACCGCGAGUGUCUGCUUGGUCCAAGGGGAGAGUCUGAUCAACGAUUUUUGAGUUGAAGAAAGUAAAGCCUCCAAGUCGUUGGUCAUCUCCGACCAGGCCGCUUGUUGCGCCACCGAAUCCUUAACCGAGGUGCUAUACCCGAGCUUAACCUUCUAAUUGGAGACCUAGUCAGAUGUCGCAACAAUGGUUCACCUCACCAAAUGCUCAAAGCAGGCCCCUGCAGCACCGACAUGCAUAUCUAGAUCUCCGUCUGGC